ACAUGUGUGAGUGUGUGUAUAUUAAUAGACAAAAAAUCUGUAUCAAAUGUGAAAUAAAAACAAUAGUAGGGGUAUGACGGGACACACAAGAUGAGACAAGGUGAGAUUUUUUAUACUUUUUCAAAGAAAAGACAAUAUUCAGGUGACAGGUGACAAUUCAAACUCUGCCAGAGUCAAAGUCAGUGCAGCUCUCAGAUCUGUUUCUCCUGUAGAUCAAUUUUUUUAUCUCUUUAAAGUCUUUGUUUGGGGAAGUAACCUCUUUAAAUAUGACUGUGGCUUCUUUUCACCUCACUAAUAAAUUAUUUAAUUCAGUUUUAAACUCCUGGACUUUAAUAGCUCCUGUGUUUCAGCAUCUCUCCCACAGAUCUGUGUUCUCUGACAUGUCCAGGAGAAAAGUCAAAAUAUCAACAGACUGACAUCAUUUACUGAGAAGCGUGACCUUUACUCUCCUGUGUGUUAUCUUAUUGAUCCACUGGUAGCAACGUCUGCCCCUUCAGACCGUUUGACCGACGCAGUUUGGUUUCUGCAGGCUGCAUGUUAAACUGAAACUAACUGAAACACUUGUGAUCAGGCAAAAAUCUCACCACAAAUCUACACAUUAACUUUAGCAGCUCAAAGUGCAGCUCACAGUCCCAAACAGAGGAAAGCUGCGCCUCAGUUUGAGAUGUUCAUGUUGCAAAACUCAACCAGCUACGUUACCACUCGUCACAGCUGUCUGGACUCACAGCAUGAGCAGUGCGGUUCAGUUCUUUACUAUCCAGGCGCACGCCGAUGUUGCAUCAGCUGGGGAGAGUUGAUUAGCUCCGAGCUGGGUGUGGUUUAUAUACAUCAGUCUGCUGGAGUUGGAGAUCAGAUCAGAGAUCACACGUCUCCAGAGCAGAGCAGACUAAGUAAAGACAUUGGAAAAUUUGUCUUUGUCUUUUUAUUUGACAUAAUUCCUCAUCUGACCAUGUACACCCGAUACAACAGGAGAGGAUAUCCUGAACGUGUUGUUGAAAGUCAGCACCUGAAGCUGGACGAUUUGAGACAAGAAGCUUGGAGAAUAAGGUUAAAAAACAAUUACCUGUACAUAGACAUGCCAGCUUCCCCCCGACCAGAGUUUCAAGUGUCUCAUCUGAAACACGACACAAACCAAACUGGACUAAGAGGCAUCAAGACUGAUGAAGGCUUCAGGAACCCAGGCAGAGGCUCUCUGCUGUGGUGGAGUCUGGCUGUGGGACCUGAUGAGAUAGCGUCAGCUGAGAGGAGGCUCCUGGAGACGACCUUCCCGGACCGGACGGAGGAGCAGGUCCAGAUGCAGCAGAGCUUCCUGGAGAAGUUUACCACCUCCCCGGCCUUCGAGCAGACCUCCAGGCUGGGCUCGUACCGCUUCACCUUCCCCCUGGAGGAGGUGCUGGAGGCCUACAGCGAGCAGUUUUGCAGCGGCGCUCAGCCCGUCAUGCGGGUGUACGAGACCGUCCUGUACAAACAGGAAGUGAUGUACGUUGUGCUGGUCCACAGCCCAGCCAAUCAGGAGCAGUUCUCUAAAUAUCCUUUGCUGACUGACGACCCAAACUCUGUCUGCACCUACAGAGACGGCUGCUUCAUCUGGAGGCCUGAGGCCAUGAGUGGGACACACAGGUAUAAGUUGGUCCUGAGACGUGAUGAAAUGCAGAUGGACGCGGUGCCGGUGACGUCUUGCCCUCAGUUUUAUGUUUGGGAUCAUGUUGCAGUCGCCUUGCAUGUGGAUGAACAGGUGCUGAACUUUGACGCUGACCGACUGAGAGAGAACCUCAUGUGGUGCGAUGAAGGAAUCGCUGCAAUCAGUCACGGUUUUAAUAAUUUCCCAGAAGCUGAAAAGUUUGUUAGAGAAUUAUGGUCCGACAAUCCCUCACCACUGCAGAAAGCUUGACAGCUAAAUUAAGGGAGUCUGUUGUUGUUAUGUUGUUCAAUAAUUGGGGUAAAUUUCAUGUACAUUGAUGAUACUGAUAUUUUCUUCUAAAAGAUCAUAUUUUAGUGAAGGGAAAGCAUAUUAUAGAAUCAGGGCCUUGGCCUAAAUCAUUGAAGUUAGCAUUAUAAUUAGGAAACUGAAGGAAUUUGGACACUAUUAUUAAAUUUAUUUAUUGUUUUGUUUUAUA